GAGCUCGGCGAGUGAAGAACAUCCACGCUGCGUGUCUGUCAGGAGGGGAGGACGUGGAGGAAUCCGCCGCACAAACCGACAACCAUGGCCAAAGUCGCCGUCUCUUUUUUGCUGUUCUGGCUGGUCUGGGGCCCUCGCUGUGCUCUUGGUGGAAAAGUCAACAAGCACAAACCGUGGAUAGAAGCUUCCUACCAUGGCGUGAUCACAGAGAACAUGGACACCGUGCUGCUGGACCCGCCGCUUGUGGCCCUCGAUAAGGACGCCCCGGUUCCAUUUGCAGGGGAAAUUUGUGCCUUUAAGAUUUAUGGUCAGGCGGCUCCAUUCGAGGCGGUGGUGUUGAAUCGCACGUCAGGAGAAGGCGUGCUGAGAGCCAGCGGCCCUGUGGACUGCGAGAGCCAGAAGGAAUACACAUUUAUUAUCCAGGCCUAUGACUGCGGCGCUGGACCCACUGGGGCCGACUGGAAGAAAUCCCACAAGGCUGUGGUUCACGUUCAGGUGGACGACGUCAACGAGUUCUGCCCGCUGUUUCGGGAGCCGCACUAUAAGUCUUCAGUGGUUGAAGGCAAGAUCUAUGACAGCAUUCUGCAGGUGGAGGCCUGGGACCAGGACUGUUCUCCACAGUACAGUCAGAUCUGCAACUACGACAUUGUCACAGCGGGCACACCUUUUGCCAUUGACCGCAAUGGUAACAUCAGAAACACGGAGCGGCUGAGCUUCGACAAGCAGCGGAGCUACAAGAUCAUGGUCACGGCCUUCGACUGCGGCCAGAAGAGAGCCAAGGAGGACGUGGCGGUGCAUGUUGAUGUCCAGCCUGUCUGCAAGCCGGGGUGGCAAGGCUGGGCCAAGCGGGUGGACUACGAGCCCGGGACUGGCAGCAAGCCCCUGUUUCCCAAGAUGCACUUGGAGACGUGCGGCGGACCUCUGUCCGGCAUCAAAGUCAUGCUGGAGCUGCAGACCAGUCACAUCGGGAAGGGCUGCGACCGGGAGACCUACUCGGAAAAGUCCUUGCAGAAACUGUGCGGUGCGGCGUCAGGGAGCACAGAUCUCCUCCCCGCCCCGAGUCCGGCCACAAACUGGACCGCGUCUCUCCUGACCGACAGCGGGCGUGACAGCGACCUCAUCUACAAAUUCGCCGGGCGUCAGGCGGCCAAUAUUCCCGACCGCGUGGUGCCCCAAAACCUGACGGACCAGUUCACCGUGGCCACGUGGAUGAAACACGGGCCCAGUCCGGGACUCAGGGCUGAGAAAGAAACCCUGCUCUGUAACUCUGACAAAACCGAAAUGAACCGCCACCAUUAUUCUCUCUACAUCCACAACUGCCGCCUGGUUUUCCUGCUGAGACGAGACUUCAGCCAGCUCGACACUUUCCGACCUGCUGAAUUCCACUGGAAGCUAGAGCAGAUGUGUGACAAAGAGUGGCACUAUUACGUCAUCAAUGUGGAGUUUCCUGCCGUGACGCUCUUUGUGGACGGCGUGACCUAUGAACCCUACCUGGUGACGGACGACUGGCCCUUCCACGCCUCAAAGAUCGACUCGCAGCUCACAGUGGGCGCCUGUUGGCAAGGUGGCGAGGUAGCGACUCCGCGCUUCACCCAGUAUUUCCGUGGCAGCUUGUCGGGCCUGACGAUCCGCCCGGGCCGCAUUGAAACCCAGAAGGUUAUCUCUUGUCUGCAGGCCUGCAAAGAAGGUCUUGAUAUUAACUCCCUGGAAAGCCUGGCGAAGGACAUCAAGUUCCAUUUCAACCCCGCACAGUCGGUGCUGGUGGUGGAAGGGGAGGACCAAGACAGUAUCAACACGGCCAUGACUAAAGUGUCCUACAUAAACUCUCGCCAGUUCCCCACGCCAGGCCUUCGACGGCUGCACAUCGCCACUACCGUACUGUGUUUUGGCGAGGACGCGUGUCUCUCCAUCCCGGACGUCAAGGCGGUCGUCGUGGUCCGUCCGCCCAGCGAACCGAGAAUCACCAUCACAGGAUCCAAUCGACUCGUCAGGCCUGCCGCUGACCUUCGGAGCCCAGUGGGCGUGGCGCCUUUCAAGGAGCUCCACCUCACCAGUACAGUAAUGAAGGGUGACGGCUUCGCUGGAUCUCGCAGGCCAGGUGUGACGGAGGUGAUGCACAACUUGGACUACUGCGAUAUCCUGGUGAUCGGGGACGAACUGGACCCAGAAAGAGAGAGCCUACUCAUCCAUCACAGCGCCUUGUUGGGAAAACACCUCGACGCCACCAACUCCACCUCUGGAAUAUCGAUAUAUGGUGUGGACUCCAUGGCCCACUACGAGCAGGCCCUGCGUCAGGUGCGCUACAGGAACUGGCGACCUGCCACCUUGACGGAAAGACGGUUCAGACUCACCUGCUCUGAACUCAACGGUCGUUACACCAGCAACGAGUUCAUCCUGGAGGUCAGUGUUCUUCACCACUUGAAGCCCGUGGAACAUGUCAAUCACAUGGCUGCUCAGCCACAGUACCUGAGACCUGUCCAUCACCCACUCAUGAUACACGCUCCUAAUGCCCACAUGUCCGGACCCGCCCCUCCAGCAGCCACGGUCGUUAUCGUGGUGUGUAUCGCCGCCCUGGUGGUGAUGGUGGUGAUCGGCGUGUACAGAAUCCACGCCACUCACCAGGAGGGCUCCAGGGAGGAAGAGGAGGGCGCAAAAGAGCCCGAGGUGGACUGGGACAAGUCUGCACUCACCAUCACUGUAAACCCCAUGGAGAACGUGAAAGGAGCUCAGGCUCCUCGUGAAGAGGCGAGCGGAGAUCAGUGCGGGGAGGAGGAAGACGACGGAGAAGAUGUGGGAGGAAUGGCGAGCGCAGAGUCGGAUAAUAGCGACGAGGAGGAGGAAGGGCAGAUGGGAAUGGCGAAGGAGCAGAAGUGGGACAGUUCCUUCAUGACAUACUGACCACACACACUGAUAAGAAAAUAUACCUGCACAUAAACACACUCAAUAAUCAUUCUGUCCUCUCCUCUUCACACACUCAUUUCCAAUCAGACAUCUCCCCCUGCUGGACAGAGCUGAAACCGCAGCCUGACUGCUCCAUCCCCAUGUUCAGCAUUCAUGACCCAGCAUGGUGUCAAAGGUCAUCGUGCUCCUUCUUUUCGUUUGAUAAUUGCAAUGAAAAUGUUCAUGUCCGAUUACUUUUCUAUUCUUUAUUUUUCAAGACGGUGAAAGGCAAUAUCACACGUUAUCAGUCCAUGAACAAUGCACUUACCGUAUUUUCCGCACCAUAAGGCGCCCUGGGUUAUAAGCCGCGCCUUCAAUGAACGGCAUAUUUCAAAACUUUGUCCACCUAUAAGCCGCCCCGUGUUAUAAGCCGCAUCUAA